UUGCCGAGAUUAGAUGAAUACCUGUGCAGUGCUGCUUUAGUAUGAUUUCUGCUGAGCCUCAGAAUAGGUUCUGGUCUCUUUUUUAGGUGGACUGCCAGCUGCUGAUCUCGCUGUUGACAAUAAAAGCAGAUAUGCUCCUUGCGCACUGCCAUUAGCAAUGACCAUGACCCUUCACACCAAAACCUCUGGAGUUACCCUGCUGCACCAGAUCCAAGGCACGGAGCUGGAGACACUGGGCAGACCUCAGCUGAAGAUCCCUCUGGAAAGAUCGCUCAGCGACAUGUACGUGGAGAGCAACAAGACAGGGGUUUUCAACUACCCAGAAGGGGCCGCUUAUGACUUUGCUACCGCCGCACCCGUGUACAGCUCUACAACUCUCAGUUAUGCCCCUACUUCUGAGUCCUUUGGGUCCAGCAGCUUGACAGGAUUUCACUCGCUGAACAAUGUCCCACCAAGCCCCGUCGUUUUCUUGCAGACAGCACCCCAGCUCUCCCCCUUCAUCCAUCACCACGGCCAACAGGUACCCUAUUACCUUGAGAAUGACCAGGGCAGCUUUGGAAUGAGGGAAGCUGCUCCCCCAGCCUUCUACAGGCCAAGCUCUGAUAACAGGCGCCACAGCAUCCGGGAGAGGAUGUCCAGUGCCAGCGAGAAAGGGAGCUUGUCCAUGGAGUCCACCAAGGAGACGCGGUACUGUGCUGUGUGCAACGACUAUGCCUCAGGCUACCAUUAUGGGGUCUGGUCCUGUGAGGGCUGCAAAGCCUUUUUCAAAAGGAGUAUUCAAGGGCACAAUGACUACAUGUGUCCAGCUACUAACCAAUGCACCAUUGACAAAAACAGAAGAAAGAGUUGUCAGGCUUGCCGACUAAGAAAAUGCUAUGAAGUGGGAAUGAUGAAAGGUGGAAUCCGUAAAGACCGCAGAGGCGGGCGAAUGAUGAAACAAAAACGUCAAAGAGAAGAACAGGAUUCCAGGAAUGGAGAGGCUUCUUCUACAGAGCUGAGAGCUCCCACCCUUUGGACAAGUCCACUUGUGGUUAAACACAACAAGAAGAACAGUCCGGCCCUGUCCCUGACAGCGGAGCAGAUGGUCAGUGCCUUGCUGGAAGCUGAGCCACCCAUAGUUUAUUCCGAGUAUGACCCUAAUAGACCUUUCAAUGAAGCCUCUAUGAUGACCCUGUUGACCAACCUUGCAGACAGAGAAUUAGUGCACAUGAUCAACUGGGCAAAAAGAGUUCCAGGGUUUGUGGAUUUAACACUCCAUGAUCAGGUCCAUCUACUGGAAUGUGCCUGGUUAGAGAUACUGAUGAUCGGCUUAGUUUGGCGCUCCAUGGAACACCCGGGGAAGCUUUUAUUUGCACCUAACCUCUUACUGGACAGGAAUCAAGGGAAAUGUGUAGAGGGCAUGGUGGAAAUCUUUGACAUGCUGCUGGCUACUGCUGCUCGGUUCCGCAUGAUGAAUCUUCAGGGAGAGGAAUUUGUGUGCCUUAAGUCCAUCAUCCUGCUCAAUUCUGGUGUGUACACUUUUCUUUCCAGCACCUUGAAAUCCCUGGAAGAGAAAGACUAUAUUCACCGUGUUCUGGACAAAAUCACGGAUACUCUGAUACACUUAAUGGCCAAGUCGGGUCUUUCCCUGCAGCAGCAGCACAGGCGGCUGGCUCAGCUCCUGCUCAUCCUCUCACACAUCAGGCAUAUGAGCAACAAAGGAAUGGAGCACCUGUACAAUAUGAAGUGCAAAAACGUAGUUCCCCUCUAUGAUCUCUUGCUGGAGAUGUUGGACGCUCACCGACUGCACGCCCCGGCAGCCAGGAGCGCGGCACCGAUGGAAGAGGAGAACCGGAGCCAGCUGACAGCUUCAUCGGCUUCAUCGCAUUCCUUACAGGCUUUUUAUAUGAGCAAUAGAGAAGAGAAUAUGCAGAAUACAAUAUAGAAAGAAUCAGCUUAUAUAAUGGUAUGAGAAACCCAGCAGCAUACUACCUAGUUCAUGCUUCAUUUCAACUCUAAUGCCGCCUAUGUAAACACUCCAAUGACAUCAGUUACCUGUAUUUUCGAUUUGAGUGUUUGUCAAGCACUUGCUUAAAUUGAUUAUUCAUCCUAAAUGGAAGACAUUUUGUUGCUAUGGAGAGCCAGCAAGGAUUGUCCAGCUAACUUAAUUUGAUAUUUGCAGUGUUUUUAUUUUACCUUUGCAUGUAACUUGGGUAAGCCCUGAUCUAAAUUUAAAUGUUAAUUCUACUACCAUAAAUUAAUAGGCCAUGCCACCAAUACAUAUGGGUAGCUGCAUAGCAGUAGCUUUUGUUGGUGUCCAUCCCAAAUUCCGCGCCCAUUUAGUCCUUUACUUGCUUGAAACUUUGAAACUGUUUUUUAGAGA